AUGACCCUCGAGAUGUACCGAACCCACAAGGAGUCCAGAACAACUGCCACGCACAUAUACGACAAUAGCAGAGGAUCUGCUUUGCUGGCUCUUGCAAGAGCUGGAAUCCUACCAACAAAAUGCUUCAACAUAUUCCUCACUGCCUCCGACAACUACUGUGAAAGAUGUGGAGUUCAUCCUGAAACACUGGCACACGUGAUCUUCAAAUGCAAUGAGUUCUACCACACCAAUGAGGACCUCGCCGCUCGCCUCGGCCUAAGCAAAGAGCUGAAUCCAGCAUUGGUGAACGAAACGAAGCGUCUCCUAGAAGCAUGGGAUCGCGAAAGAAGAAAAGGAUCCGCUGAGAAACUCGCGCCUGAAGUGAAAGGCUGA